AUGAUUGCUCUGAUACUAUUUUGGACGUAUUGGUGCUGGGCAUUGCGAACCUGGUGGCAGACAGAAUAUCAUUGGGCCUUGGAGACUUUGUCUACUAGCACAAAGAAAGACGUAGCUGUCAAGGAAAGGGCAGUGACUAAGUGGGAUGUCGCUAACCAUAGAGAGGAUCAGUUGCAGCAACAGCUCCUUCAGAAGUACCAAAGCCUUGGCAUGGACAUCAACGACGCUGAAAUGGUGAAGAACAUAUUCGCCAAGUAUAAGGACAUUCUGAUAGACGAAAAAAUGACAGCCCCGAAUGCAAUGCUGCCACCUAAUCGAGGAGGAGAGAACCCAUGGAAGAAUGGUGUUGUAACCUUCGUGGCUUUCGUGGUUUUCGGCACUGCACCACUCCUGUCUUUCAUCAUUCUCAAGUCUUUUGCAGAUAAUGAUUUGGUCAUGUUUGUUGGAGCUUGCUUCAUGUCUGCUCUUGCACUUGCUCUUCUUGGUAUAGGCAGGGCCAAGAUUGCCGGCAAAAACUACCCAUCGUCAGUGGCGAUUGUCAUGUUAAAUGCUGCUUUUGCUGCUUUUGCUGCUUAUUCCCUUCGAUGGAUGCUUAGGAAUGUAGCUGGUCUUGAUGUACCAAUCAAAUGA